AUGUCUCUCCAGCCACAGCACAAGGACAGAGCCGACAGACUUGUUAACAAAUCUCAAGCACAAGCGUUCAAAAUCCCAGAGGACUUGGGUGCAGAGGAGUGGGACCGGAUACAGAGAGCCGUUCAGUGGGGUGGACCGGACCAGCAGGUUACCACUGUAAACAUGAGCACCAGUUUAGAACACACCGCCUUUGUUAUUAAUAACUUUAAGGACAGUUACUCUGUGGGAGAGGAGCUCCAUGUCACCAUUGUUUCCAAGGACUUCACUGGAAGGCCGAAAACCUAUGGAGGAGAUUUCUUCAAAGCUAGUGUGUUUGGAGAGGUGCUGGAUCAUCAGAAUGGCACCUACUUGGCCCGGUUUACUCUACCAUGGGCGGGUGAGGCAUCGGUGGCGGUCCUCCUGGUUCACACCAGUGAGGCUGUAGAGAUCCUCAAGCGACACCGGGAAACAGACCCCGACCGUGGCUUCUACUAUGGCUACUUUGUGGGCAAGAACUCUCAGGGUGCUCAAGUGGAGGAGCAGGCGGCCUGCAACGUCAAAUGGGAGGGGGUGGCACUGCCUGGCAAUGAGCCCUGCUGCUGUGAAUACCCAGAUUUAAAGGCAAAGCUGACGUGGCACUGCCGUAAACCCCCAACUCUGCCAUGCAACACGCUGGUGUACCAUGGUAUGGGUACCUAUUAUGUGAAUCACUGGACAGACCUUGAGAAGGCAAUCAUGGCCGGGCAAUAUGUGCAGCGUUGGAUCAAGGGCGAUUCACGUGUAAUUAGAGUUAAUGCCUCUAAUUCAACUAUGGGACAGAGAGAGCGAUGUAAACCUGGAAUGCCCACACCGAUCCCAGCAGGAUUCUACAUGGAUGACGUUUGGACGUCAUUUGUGUGUGCCACCCGUCAUUUUAACGCUGCCAAUGACAAAACUCAGUGUUUGAGGGACAAACACAUCUACAUGAUGGGAGACUCCACUCUCUUACAGUGGUACAACUUCAUCAUCAAUUCCAUGCCAAGUUUCAGGCGCAUGAACCUACAUACCCACUCCCACAAUGGUCCUUUUUUGGCUGUGGAUCUGGGGAACAACAUCGACCUGCACUACCGCACGCAUGGUGUCCCCCGACGCAACCCCAAGGCCACGUUCACAGAUAUGCACUACAUUAGUAAUGAGAUCGAUGGCAUGGCUGGUGGCUCACAAACUGUUGUCAUCUUCAACAUUUGGGCGCACUUCAAACUAUUCCCACACUCCUACUUUGCCCACCGGGUGUCCCAAAUCCGCCGUGCAGUCGUGGACCUCUUGAGACGUGCGCCAGCAACCAAGGUCAUCAUCAAGACGGCUAAUACAGGAUUCCCGGAUUUCGGUAGCGUUGACUGGCUAUCCUUGCAGCUGGAUCGAAUCCUGCGUGAAGUGUUCCGUGAUGUGGGAGUUUACAUCCUCGAUGUGUGGCAGAUGACCUCGUGUCACUAUAACAGAGAGGACGUCCAUCCUGGCGGAGUGAUCAUCAGAAAUGAAGUGGACCUUCUUCUCUCUUUUAUCUGCCCCGCAUAAGGAUGAUUAA